AUGAAGACCUCAAUCGCUCCCCUCAUUUUGGCCCUCUCGGGCUCUGCCAUGGCUGCCCCCUUCAGCUCAAACGGCACUUCCAAUGGCACUUAUGCCAUUCCUACAUCUUCGGGCAUUAUUACCCCGUCUCGCACCCCCAGUGGUCUGCCUACGCCUUCUGGAACUCCUUCCUUUGGCUCGGUCCCAGCCUCUCUGUUCCCUGACAACGUGAAGCGCGGUGGUUCUUUGACUAUCCCCACCGACCUUGCUUCUCUGGUCUCUGACGCCGAAGACGUGGUUGGUUCUCUGGCUUCUGCUGGUGCCAAGAAACGUGGAGACUCUCUCUCUAUUCCCACAGACCUGCCGUCCCUGGUCUCUGAUGUCGAAGAUGUCGUCGGUUCUCUCGCUUCUGCUGGAGCUCAGAAGCGCGGUGAGUCUCUUUCGAUCCCCACCGACCUCCCCUCUCUAGUCUCCGACGUAGAGGGUGUGGUUGGUUCCCUCGCAUCUGCUGGUGCCAAGAAGCGUGGAGACUCUCUCUCUAUCCCGACCGACCUCCCCUCUCUAGUCUCCGACGUAGAGGGUGUGGUUGGUUCCCUCGUAUCUGCUGGUGCUAAGCGUGGUUUCACCUCGCUGCCUAUUCCCACUCCUUCUGGCACUCCCCCGGCGGGUUCCAGCGUGCCCCUGGCUUCCGACAGCUUGACCCCUUCCUCUGCUCAUCCUUCGGCUACUGGUACCUCCUUCUUUGGUUUCCCUCUGGCCUAG